AUGGCAAUAAUCGAUGAGAACUCUCACGAAAAACGAUGUGUUGAAGAAAUUAUUAAAGGUCAUUGUAUUUUAAUUAAACCACAAGGUAGCUGCAAAUCAGGUGAUUGUCUUCGAGUACUUACAAUGUUAAAACAGCACUAUCACAUUGAAAAUCUUAAAAUGAAGGAUAGUUUAACUCGUGCAAUACUUCGUGGUGUGGACAAUAAUUUAAACACUGAAGUUUUUACUAAUGCUGAAGAAAUGGCACAUGGGAUUACUCGUGUUUCAGCUGUUCGAGAAGGAAUUUUAAACUACAUGAAGAAUUUAUCUCAAUGUGAAAUCAAUUCACAAGAUUCGGAUGAUUGA